AUGCGUCAGGCAGCCAUUUUCGCAAGCUUGCUUGUAGCAAUUGCGUACAGCGCACCUCAGAAUGAGGGAUGGACACAUGAGUGGGCUCGUAGUAAUUUGAUAUCCAGCUCGACACCACCACUCCCACCACGACCGAUGGACACACUCUCAUCAAGCUCAGCUGCCGCUUCUGCUCCCACUCCCCAGCUUCUCGGAAAUCCCAACGCUAAGCUCAACCUGCCACCAAACGCCAAGCUGAGCGCCGACCUUCUGACAGCCUCGUCUGCCUCUGCACGUAUGCAAGUCCUCAAGGACGCGGAGGGCAACAACACCGCUGAUUUCAAAUUCGAUUUGAACCCAAGUGCGAAUCCAGGCGCUCCUGGUCUAGGUGGCAAGCUCAGUCUUGCCAACCGAGCCACUUUCCCAGCCCUCACAGGCUUGGGCACCGCUUUCGCAGGCCUCUUCUUCGCCCCUUGCGGCCUGAACACACCACAUAUCCACCCUCGUGCCACCGAAGUUUUCACUCUUGUUACUGAAGGGACAAUCACUGCUGGCUUCGUUUACGAGAACACCUUCAGCAUGGAAAUUAGCGAGAAUCUGACUCAGUUUCAAGGUAUGGCUUUUCCGCAGGGCAGCAUUCAUUGGCAAUUGAACAACGAAUGUACACCCCAGGUUGGCAUUGCAGGAUUCAGUGAUGAGGACCCUGGUGCCAGCUCUGUGGCGCAGAAUUUUUCCAGAACACAAGGGAUGAUAUUGUCCAGGCUAGCUUGGGCUUUCCAGCACAGAUCACUGCAGAAAGCUUCAAGCAGCUCGAGCAGAAUAUUCCACGAGCUUUUGCAUUGGGUAUCAAGGAUUGCUAUGCUAGAUGUGGCAUCGCACAAUAAGGCAGUCAAAUCGCGCCACGAAGUUUGGCUUGGGCAACCCGGUUAUCAUGCGGUUGGAGUUAGACAAGCGAUAUUCUUGUUGAGUUGGUGA